AUGUUCAAUCACAAGUUACCGACUGACUUUCCAAUGCAAACCCUUCGUAAGAAAACCAGCCCUUGCAAAUACAAGAACGAGCCCGGCCGCUUCCUCGGCGAGGGCGUCUCUUUUCGAGCGAAGCUGAUCGGCGUGCUCGAAGUGCCAGAAGCUCGCGGCGAUAGGAUGUGCCAAGAGGCUCUCGCCGACCUCAAGAUGGCCAUCCGCGCAGCAGGCGAGCACAAACAGAGGAUUCAGGUUCACGUGGCUAUUGACGGCCUGCGCCUGCGCGAUGAUAAAACUGGGGAUUCUCUUUACCACCACCCGGUCCACAAGAUAUCAUUUAUCGCGCAAGACAUGACUGACUCCAGGGCGUUUGGAUAUAUAUUUGGUUCUCCGGACAUGGGUCACCGAUUUUUCGGUAUCAAGACAGAUAAAGCCGCUAGUCAAGUCGUAAUAGCAAUGAGGGAUCUGUUCCAAGUAGUUUUCGAGCUGAAGAAGAAAGAGGUGGAGAUGGCCAAGGAGCAGCUCGAAGGCAAAUCUGUUACUAACACUCUCGGCAGGCACAACAGUAUAGCUAGUGAAACUAAACCUAAGAGUCUAUCGUCGGUGGGUGAAACCACAGCAGCGACGGCGAAGGGUUCCGAAAGUGGGGCGGAAGGGGGGGUUGCGGAACUCGUUGAUCUUGAACAAGAGCUCUGCUCCUUGAGGAGGGGACUCACACAAGUGGAAGGACUGACGCCCUCCACGGAUCCCUUUGGCGACUCGUUUUUGGCUCCUUCGCCGAAGGGCCUCCUCCCUCCUCCACCGCCGGGCGCGACGAGUCGUGGCCGCAGUACUCCAGCCAGGACAACAUUCAGUCCAAACAAGCCUUCCGCGCUGUCUUUCGACUUGAGUGCAGUCGCCGGUGAUUUCGAACCCAAACCAUCUCCACUACCGCUAGUCGAAAACCUACCUGACCCACCUGUGACCCAGCCCGCAACGUCCACGACUUCGUCGAUCACUUACGACGUAUUCACCGAACUAGACCCUCUCGGCACCGGCCGGAGUAAACCUUACGUUGACAAAAAACUCUUCUUUCAGGAGCUCAAAAAUCCGCCAAAGAAAGUACUCAAAGACCUCGUACCGAGCACGCAUACGCUCCUAUCCGAUAUAGUGCCGGUGACCACCGAGGCCAAGAGCGACAGUUACGGCCCGACGACCACGAUGACGUCACUGACGCGGCACUCUGGCGGCUCGGUUGCCGUCGCAAAGUCAUCCCAACCGCCAAUGUAUACGGGGGGCUUUUUCAAUUCAGACCCGUUCGCGGAGACCGAUCCGUUCGAUAACACAGAUCCAUUUUCGGACACAUUCAAAGAAGAUCCGUUCACGGGCAUGUCCGAGUUUCCGAAGCCUGGUCUAUUGCGAAUGGAUGAUACGAAGCCGAAAUUGAGUAAAGGACUUACUUUGGAUAAACCUGAGAUCAGUCUCGAUAGUGGAAAAAACGCUUUCAACGGACCACUUCAAGUUACUCUACCGCCGGAACCAGCACCGAAGUCGCCUAGAAUGCAGAGACAGAUGACGGAUACGAGCACAAUACGGCAGCGUCCGCAGCCUAGUUCAAAGUUGAAUGCGGAAAGAAUUUCUCCACCCCCCUUGCCGCCGAAGAAUUUUGCAGAGAUUUACUUAUCACGUCCCUCAUCUCGCCCUACAUAUGACCUCGAGCAUGAGAGCGAGGAAACUUCAGAAUCCGGCCCUCCUCUACCGCGGCCUGCAAGGAAAAGAGAACCGUUGGCGGAGCGCAGCGUCAAGCCGCGGCAGUCGUCGGGCGCUGUGAGCGGCAGCAGCAGCGGGGACGAGUACCUGACGCCGGCGCCGCCGCCGCUGCCCGCCGCGCGCCGCUUCGACAUCACGCUCAGCCAGCUGCUCACCUGCACCAUGGACGAGCUGGCCGCCAGGUACCGCCCACCCCGCGCCGCUUCGACAUCACGCUCAGCCAGCUGCUCACCUGCACCAUGGACGAGCUGGCCGCCAGGUACCGCCCACCCCGCGCCGCUUCGACAUCACGCUCAGCCAGCUGCUCACCUGCACCAUGGACGAGCUGGCCGCCAGGUACCGCCCACCCCGCGCCGCUUCGACAUCACGCUCAGCCAGCUGCUCACCUGCACCAUGGACGAGCUGGCCGCCAGGUACCGCCCACCCCGCGCCGCUUCGACAUCACGCUCAGCCAGCUGCUCACCUGCACCAUGGACGAGCUGGCCGCCAGGUACCGCCCACCCCGCGCCGCUUCGACAUCACGCUCAGCCAGCUGCUCACCUGCACCAUGGACGAGCUGGCCGCCAGGUACCGCCCACCCCGCGCCGCUUCGACAUCACGCUCAGCCAGCUGCUCACCUGCACCAUGGACGAGCUGGCCGCCAGGUACCGCCCACCCCGCGCCGCUUCGACAUCACGCUCAGCCAGCUGCUCACCUGCACCAUGGACGAGCUGGCCGCCAGGUACCGCCCACCCCGCGCCGCUUCGACAUCACGCUCAGCCAGCUGCUCACCUGCACCAUGGACGAGCUGGCCGCCAGGUACCGCCCACCCCGCGCCGCUUCGACAUCACGCUCAGCCAGCUGCUCACCUGCACCAUGGACGAGCUGGCCGCCAGGUACCGCCCACCCCGCGCCGCUUCGACAUCACGCUCAGCCAGCUGCUCACCUGCACCAUGGACGAGCUGGCCGCCAGGUACCGCCCACCCCGCGCCGCUUCGACAUCACGCUCAGCCAGCUGCUCACCUGCACCAUGGACGAGCUGGCCGCCAGGUACCGCCCACCCCGCGCCGCUUCGACAUCACGCUCAGCCAGCUGCUCACCUGCACCAUGGACGAGCUGGCCGCCAGGUACCGCCCACCCCGCGCCGCUUCGACAUCACGCUCAGCCAGCUGCUCACCUGCACCAUGGACGAGCUGGCCGCCAGGUACCGCCCACCCCGCGCCGCUUCGACAUCACGCUCAGCCAGCUGCUCACCUGCACCAUGGACGAGCUGGCCGCCAGGUACCGCCCACCCCGCGCCGCUUCGACAUCACGCUCAGCCAGCUGCUCACCUGCACCAUGGACGAGCUGGCCGCCAGGUACCGCCCACCCCGCGCCGCUUCGACAUCACGCUCAGCCAGCUGCUCACCUGCACCAUGGACGAGCUGGCCGCCAGGUACCGCCCACCCCGCGCCGCUUCGACAUCACGCUCAGCCAGCUGCUCACCUGCACCAUGGACGAGCUGGCCGCCAGGUACCGCCCACCCCGCGCCGCUUCGACAUCACGCUCAGCCAGCUGCUCACCUGCACCAUGGACGAGCUGGCCGCCAGGUACCGCCCACCCCGCGCCGCUUCGACAUCACGCUCAGCCAGCUGCUCACCUGCACCAUGGACGAGCUGGCCGCCAGGUACCGCCCACCCCGCGCCGCUUCGACAUCACGCUCAGCCAGCUGCUCACCUGCACCAUGGACGAGCUGGCCGCCAGGUACCGCCCACCCCGCGCCGCUUCGACAUCACGCUCAGCCAGCUGCUCACCUGCACCAUGGACGAGCUGGCCGCCAGGUACCGCCCACCCCGCGCCGCUUCGACAUCACGCUCAGCCAGCUGCUCACCUGCACCAUGGACGAGCUGGCCGCCAGGUACCGCCCACCCCGCGCCGCUUCGACAUCACGCUCAGCCAGCUGCUCACCUGCACCAUGGACGAGCUGGCCGCCAGGUACCGCCCACCCCGCGCCGCUUCGACAUCACGCUCAGCCAGCUGCUCACCUGCACCAUGGACGAGCUGGCCGCCAGGUACCGCCCACCCCGCGCCGCUUCGACAUCACGCUCAGCCAGCUGCUCACCUGCACCAUGGACGAGCUGGCCGCCAGGUACCGCCCACCCCGCGCCGCUUCGACAUCACGCUCAGCCAGCUGCUCACCUGCACCAUGGACGAGCUGGCCGCCAGGUACCGCCCACCCCGCGCCGCUUCGACAUCACGCUCAGCCAGCUGCUCACCUGCACCAUGGACGAGCUGGCCGCCAGGUACCGCCCACCCCGCGCCGCUUCGACAUCACGCUCAGCCAGCUGCUCACCUGCACCAUGGACGAGCUGGCCGCCAGGUACCGCCCACCCCGCGCCGCUUCGACAUCACGCUCAGCCAGCUGCUCACCUGCACCAUGGACGAGCUGGCCGCCAGGUACCGCCCACCCCGCGCCGCUUCGACAUCACGCUCAGCCAGCUGCUCACCUGCACCAUGGACGAGCUGGCCGCCAGGUACCGCCCACCCCGCGCCGCUUCGACAUCACGCUCAGCCAGCUGCUCACCUGCACCAUGGACGAGCUGGCCGCCAGGUACCGCCCACCCCGCGCCGCUUCGACAUCACGCUCAGCCAGCUGCUCACCUGCACCAUGGACGAGCUGGCCGCCAGGUACCGCCCACCCCGCGCCGCUUCGACAUCACGCUCAGCCAGCUGCUCACCUGCACCAUGGACGAGCUGGCCGCCAGGUACCGCCCACCCCGCGCCGCUUCGACAUCACGCUCAGCCAGCUGCUCACCUGCACCAUGGACGAGCUGGCCGCCAGGUACCGCCCACCCCGCGCCGCUUCGACAUCACGCUCAGCCAGCUGCUCACCUGCACCAUGGACGAGCUGGCCGCCAGGUACCGCCCACCCCGCGCCGCUUCGACAUCACGCUCAGCCAGCUGCUCACCUGCACCAUGGACGAGCUGGCCGCCAGGUACCGCCCACCCCGCGCCGCUUCGACAUCACGCUCAGCCAGCUGCUCACCUGCACCAUGGACGAGCUGGCCGCCAGGUACCGCCCACCCCGCGCCGCUUCGACAUCACGCUCAGCCAGCUGCUCACCUGCACCAUGGACGAGCUGGCCGCCAGGUACCGCCCACCCCGCGCCGCUUCGACAUCACGCUCAGCCAGCUGCUCACCUGCACCAUGGACGAGCUGGCCGCCAGGUACCGCCCACCCCGCGCCGCUUCGACAUCACGCUCAGCCAGCUGCUCACCUGCACCAUGGACGAGCUGGCCGCCAGGUACCGCCCACCCCGCGCCGCUUCGACAUCACGCUCAGCCAGCUGCUCACCUGCACCAUGGACGAGCUGGCCGCCAGGUACCGCCCACCCCGCGCCGCUUCGACAUCACGCUCAGCCAGCUGCUCACCUGCAUCAUGGACGAGCUGGCCGCCAGGUACCGCCCACCCCGCGCCGCUUCGACAUCACGCUCAGCCAGCUGCUCACCUGCACCAUGGACGAGCUGGCCGCCAGGUACCGCCCACCCCGCGCCGCUUCGACAUCACGCUCAGCCAGCUGCUCACCUGCACCAUGGACGAGCUGGCCGCCAGGUACCGCCCACCCCGCGCCGCUUCGACAUCACGCUCAGCCAGCUGCUCACCUGCACCAUGGACGAGCUGGCCGCCAGGUACCGCCCACCCCGCGCCGCUUCGACAUCACGCUCAGCCAGCUGCUCACCUGCAUCAUGGACGAGCUGGCCGCCAGGUACCGCCCACCCCGCGCCGCUUCGACAUCACGCUCAGCCAGCUGCUCACCUGCACCAUGGACGAGCUGGCCGCCAGGUACCGCCCACCCCGCGCCUCUUCGACAUCACGCUCAGCCAGCUGCUCACCUGCACCAUGGACGAGCUGGCCGCCAGGUACCGCCCACCCCGCGCCGCUUCGACAUCACGCUCAGCCAGCUGCUCACCUGCACCAUGGACGAGCUGGCCGCCAGGUACCGCCCACCCCGCGCCGCUUCGACAUCACGCUCAGCCAGCUGCUCACCUGCACCAUGGAUGA